CAGCCGAAGAGGGAAGUGGUUCUUGCCUUCUCGGUCUUGAGGUGCUUGGGAUUUGCGCCGUUUCCCUCAACUCCCCGGUCGCUAUGGCCGAAAUGGCGCAGAGUGUAGCUCAGAGCAAGAACGGCCAGGGUGAAGGGGAGGGGGGGUCCGGAGCUGCCGCCUUGCCCUGUAUUACAGGUUGUGUAUACCACAUGGUUCAAACAACUGCACUGGAUGGAAAAAAUCUUCUGAAAUUGCUUCCAGUUUCUAACCCUUUAGGAAAAAUUGUGCCCUUCGUUCAACCUCAAGUCAUACCUGAUAAUACAAAAGGAAAUGCUUCAAUAUCUUGUCAUGGUACUUUGAAGGAUUUGUCUAUUAAAACCCCUGAACAUAAACCCUCAGCUACAUCUGAAAAAUUGAUUCUGCCAAAGCGAUUGAGUCAAAUGGAAAAGAUGAAUAUAGCCUCUGCAGCAGAAGAGGACCCAAGUACACUGAAAAUUUCUAACAUUCAGGGUAAUUUUCAUUCAGCUGUUAGAUCAACUCUGAAAAAGGAUGCUACUUCUGUUUGUUCAGAUAACAGCAAUGCAGAAUAUGUACUUGUGAAUACAAAAAAUUUUCCUGUCACUGUGAAGUCUCCAGUACUGCCGUCUGGUCAUCAUCUUCAAAUACCAGCUGAUGCUGAAGUCAAAUCUGUUCCUGCUUCUUUCUUGCCACCAACAAUUCAACAGAAGAUACUGGCAGCAGCAACCUCUAAUGUUUCUGGGGCAUGUGAGGUUACAAACACACCAACUGUUAUUUAUGUGUCACCAGUAAAUACAGUGAAAAUGACAGCUUCAAACCCACUGCAAAAUAUAUGUCCAAAACCAGUUGCGGAGACAUCAUCAAAUCCUUUAGUACUGACAUUGCCACAAACAAGUGAUAGUUCUGCCCUAGAUGUAGCAACAUGCGAUAGUGAGAAAAAACAGGCAACUCCUAUGAAAUGGGUUGUCCAGGAAAGCCCAAAGUCAUCAGCAUCUUGCCUUGUUCCUGUAAAGUCAUCAAAUACCAUGGCAUCAAAGAUCUUAAAAACUUUGGUUGAUACAAAAAAUAUGGAAAGCAAUCCUACUAGUAUUCUUCCUGCCUGUUCCAGUAUGAGUGAAAGCCAAGCAAAAGUUACUUCCAUAAAAGAUAAUGCCCUGGUCAUGUACAAUGGGAAAGUGUUUUUACUGACUAGAAAAGAAUCCAGUGUUGUGUCAACAAACAAGUGUGGUGAACAAGCAUCACCUGGCACUGAAAUGCACUUCAGAAAACAAAAAUCUCAGUUAGUUAGUUCAGCUGCAGAUAGUACAAUAACCAAUCAAGUUGUCAAUCUAGUGUUGUCAAAAAGCAAAGGGAUUGCAUCUAAUGUGAAAGAUCCAAAAUCCAGUGAAAAUAUGAAACCUCAUGCACAACCUGAAGUGAAGAAAGUUUUAACAACUGCAUAUACUUUGCUUGUAUCACCUCAUCUGCAAAUAAACAAUACAAGCCAGCAUGAGGCAGUGUCUCCAUCAGGAAACCUAGCUGAAAUGAAUGUUGCUCAAAAGUCAAUUACAGAAGAAAAUACAAACCAUAGCAUUGUACAGAAAAUUCUUUCUCAAGGACCUCCUGCUUUAUUAUCAGCUACAGUGAAUGAUGCUUCCAAAGAAGAAGAUCAAAAGAUUGAGAAGAUCUCAUCAGGAAUGACUGUUCAGAUCAAGCAUAGGAAAGAGCAACACAGAAAGCAGUAUCAUGAGUUGAGAAAGAAAUUUGGUCUCUUUAAAGAAGAGAGAGUGUAUCUGAAGAAAAUUCCUGUAUCAGUUUCUCUUAAAAGAUCAGAAGCAACUGAGUGUUCCAGUAAUGUACAAAUGACUGAUUCAAGAAAUUUGCUGCAGGAAAUAACUAUUAAACCUGAACCUAAAGAAGAAGAAGAAAUGAUAAUUGGAGAACAGAGGGAAGAGAAUAUAAAGAGGAAGACAAUGAUAUCGCCAAUAUUAGUGAAUAGAAAGAAGAGGAAAACUGAAGUCGAAACUACAUUGAAUCCAGAGUUAGAAUGUACCAGCUCUUUUUCAGUAAUGGAUAACCAGACUAGCCCUUACAGACAAAUUGUAUCAGAGCAAGAACAUCACACAAACUCUGUGCAGUUCCCUCAGAGACUGGAUUCUGACACUAAUCCUUCUGUUCAAAAUGAAGAGAACAUUUUGACCCACACUUCAUCCUGCUGUGAAAAUGAAACAUUUCUUAGUGAAAGUUCUUUCAAAGACAUUUUUUCAUUCAGCCCUCCAGAUUUGGAGGAAACAAUAAAAGAUGAAAAAAUAAGAAGGCUUAAACGACUUCUGAGUGAAAAAGAGGCAGCAUUAGAGGAAAUUCGUAAACACAUGCAGCACACUUAACAGAUGUAAUAUUUAUUUCGCUUAAACCUCUGCUGCAACUGCUUUGCUUCAGUGACUUGCUAAAUAAAAAGGUAUUUGUUGACCUUUAUGUUUAAAAACCAACAACAAUCUAGUUUUCUGAUGUCUACAUGGUAUUAAUGGGUGUGUGUGCGUCCCUCCAUCUCAGUGCCCAGGAUUAUGCAAGUCUAAAAUCUUACUCAGAAGAUUAUAGCUUGCAGUAAUUUUAUUAUUUCAGUCUGUUUUCUCUACUAUAUACUUAUUUCAGUAUGCCCUUCCUUAUUUUGAUAUAUUUUAGUUUCUCCAAAAAUUUCCUUUUUGCUGAUAAUUGGGUUUCAGAACCAGCCCUUAGAAUGGAAAUUAAAUGAAUUUUUUCAGUUGCAGAUUUCCUAAAAAGUACACUUCUUGCCUUAAAGGUAUUGAAGAAAAUGGACUAGCCUAAACUUGAAUUAUUUACUUGGUUAGUAUUAAAGUGUUACUUGAAUUUUGUUUCAAAACUGAAAUAAAGGUAAUGCUAGUGAAA